AUGCCUCCGCUUCGAACGCCGUCUGGAAUGAUAGUCGAAGAUACGGACGUUACACCUGCUGAUAUGGUUGCAUUCUCAAUAUCCCAACGGAUCCGUGACUCUGAGCCUGGAGAGCUGAUGGCUCCAGACCCACGAGAACUCAGGAGCCAACUUCGAGAUACCCAAAAAGAACUCGAAUUCGCCAAGAAGAGGGAGGACAUCAUGAGGUCUGUGAUUACAGUAUUGGAGGCGCGGAGUGGGAGCGAUCCUUCUCUGGAUGUAAGAUCCCUCCAAAUACAACUGGAAAGGGCCAACGACAAGCUGGAGAAUUUGGCAGCGACAAGUUCGAGUCGAAUCUCAGAGUUAGAGUUGCAAAUCAGCAAUACUCCCUCGAUAGGACUCAACAAUGAUCUCACAGAGCAACUUGAAGUCACCCGUCUUGAGCUCGCUGCUAAGAAAGCAAGCAUAUCGGACUUGGAAGAGCGAGCUGAUAUGUCUGACAACACGAUCGAGACAUUACGUUCAACACAGUCGGCAUUGGAGGAACAGUUCAGGUGUUCAAGACUCGAGAUAGAGACCCUGACGGAGAUCAAUGCCAGCCUUGUCAAGUCAACUGCAGAAGACAAGAAGGAUCAUAAGAAGGCUGAACAGAAGCACAACAAAGCAAUGCUCUCUAUCAAAAGAGAGUACACGAAGAACAUCGACAGAAUCACAGAAGAGCACUCCAGCGAAAUCUCCAAACUCACACAAGAUGCUGUGAAUCUUCGACAACUGUCAGAUACUGCGCAUACCAAGUUGAUUGAGGUGGAAGAACGCCUUCGUGCGAAGGAAACUCACAAUCUCGCUCUGACUGAGCAAAUCCACGAUGUCCACGCAAAAGCUGCAGAAGCAAUGAAGCAAAAGUCUGGCAAUUACAUCCGACAAUUGAAAGAGCAGUUGGCAACCAAGACCGCUACAGAAAUCGAGACAGCAGGGAAGAUUUCGACGCUCAACGCACAAUUGGAGAAGUCGAUGAAGAAGAAUCAAAAGCACGACGAACAAGUGCAAAUUGCUGGUGACAAGUACCGGACUAUGAAGAAGGAUCUCAUAGCUGUGAAGGAGGAGAACAGGAUGAUCCAAGAGGGCUUGGACACCAGCGACAAGAUGUGUCAGGCCCAGAAGCAGGACAAUAUAGCGCUGCAAGACAAGAUCAAGACGCUGGAAGAUCAAUUGGCGGAGCAUCACCAAGUCACCCUCACACUACGAGCCAACGAGGCAAUGUCCAAGGAUCGGACCGAGAAGGCUGUAGCAGCAGCAGUCAGCGACAAAGAUGCCCUGAUUGCCGACCUACAAAAGAAGGUCGACUCAUUGUCCGACGAAGUUGUUGCUCGGAAUCUACGGAUCGAAGAACUGGAGGCUCGUAAUGUCGGGUACAAUGCCGCUGAUGCUGCAACUCGAAACACGAACGCUGAAUUAGCGAAUUCCUUUGUGGCAAGUGCGCAAGAGAAGAUCCGGGCAUUGGAGCAGUUGAUGAAGAACCUCAGCGUCGUACUUCCGAGUACUGGAAGUGCGGAACCAAAGCCUACUGGGGAGAAGUCUUGA